UCCACCUGACUAGCAUGGUCGGGCUAUGGCGGGACCGAGCGCGCUCUGGGACGACGGCAGACUGAAUCUGGGCGAGCACGCCGGGCCUUUCCAGAAGGACUCGCCGCCCCAGAGAGGCCGUUUGUCCGCGCCGGCGGGAGAGGCAGCGAGCCGGGAUGGCGAGGAUGUCUGCCGGCGCCGCGGUGGCCUCUCACCGGGGGGAACCGUCCACCGAGGGACCGCGGAGGAGCCGGUGCUGGACACUCCAGACACCGCAGAAGCAGACAGGAGGGCUCCGGGGAUCACGGAGGACAAGCUGCUGGAGACGGACGAGAUCUGGAGUGCUCUUACCGGUAGCUUUGACCAUGACGCGCCCGUGGACUGGAAACCGAGUCGCUCCCUCUGCAUCUCCUCCUUCAACCUGGAGGAGAACCCGAGAAGGGCGGACUGUUUGGCGGAGCUGUCCGACGAGGAGGAGCUGGACGCGCUCUCCGUCGUCGUCCCGUGCCUUUCGGAGGAGCCGCUGGUGACGGCGGAGCAGGUGAUCGAGGAGAUUGAGGAGAUGAUGCAGGACUCGUCAGAGCACAAUCCCUCCCAGUCGGACCUGUCCAUGCUCUCCCUGGAGAUCCGGAGGUGCAGCCCCGGCUUUGAGGAGCGAGUGAGGACCUGGAGCGUGUCAGAGCUGAUGUGGCAUCUGGAGGAGACGGAGAGGAACAUCCGGAGGUUUUCCGAGGAGCUGGUGCAGCAGCUGGCCAUGAGGGACGAGCUAGACUUUGAGAAGGAGGUGAAAAACUGCUUCAUCUCGGCGCUGAUUGACGUGCAGAACCGACAGAAGGAGCACCGGGAAGCUCUGAGGAGGAAAAAGAAGCUUAAAGGAGGAGCUGCGACAGCGCAGGGCCAUUCAGAGAGAACCUCGCGCUUCAGCAUGGAGGGACUCUCCUCUGUCAUUCAGAACAGCUUCAGGCAAACCUUUGGGAGUGGCUGCAGUGAAAGACAGUACUUGACCACAGUCAUCCCCUACGAAAGGAAAGGUCACCCUCCGUCUGUCGAAGACCUCCAGGUCCUGACGAAGAUUCUGCAAGCUAUGAGAGACGACAGCGACAGAGUGCCCAGCCUCCUGACGGAUUAUAUUCUCAACGCUGUGGUCUGAGCCCCGGAUGGAGAGUGCUUUGCCCGACGUGAUCCAGCUGGACUGACUCCUGAUUGUUGAAGAGGACUCAGUGCAAGCACACUUAAUUUAUUCUGGUUUGAGCUGGUUUACGAGUGUCCUUUUAUUGAUGGUUUUUACAUGUUUUUCAUUUGUGUAAAUGUUGACCUUUUCUUUCUUCUUUUUUUUGGUGUUGGAUUUUGAUUUCCUUGUACUGUGAAAUCUCCUGAUCAACAGAUGAUCAUGGAAUGACCUCAAGGCCAGAGUGGAACCUCUGAAAAUUCACAUUCCAGGAAAUGAUCCUUUUAUUUUGAAAGACAGAACUUGAAAACGUCGUAAAAAUGAAAAAAAAAAAAUGUAUAAAAACGUUAUAAAUGUCACGUGUGCAGGGAAAACCAGGAUGUCUUUCAAAGCUACAAACCACAAUCUGUAUUCAUGUCAGCGUCAUCCUACAUGUUCUUUGUAUUUAUGGCUGUAACGGUGGCUGAGACUGUUGACAACCUAACUAUGCAUCCGUAUUUUUCAACGAGUGCAGCUCUCAUGCAGAGCGCGAGUCACUCAUGUGCCUGCAGGUCACCAGGCAGUAAACAGUUCAACCACCAGUAGAUAUUUUUACUCAAUUACUUUAUACAAGCUGCCUUUGUCUGAAAAGUUACUUUUGUACAUGAUAAAGAACAUAUUUUUUGUUUAGUAGAGAUGUUUCUGUGCAACUUUAAAAAAAUAAAGUGGGGUUGUUUAUUUUGUAUGUAUUUGAGCUGAAGAAUAAAAUGAUUGUCUCAGGA